AAAACCAACAAUAUAUUCUUCUCACUUUCCGAGCUUUUCUGUUCAACUAUGGCGGCUCCGAUCAUACUUUUCUCUUUCCUUUUCUUCUUCUCUGUCUCUGUCUCAGCACUUAACGUCGGUGUUCAGCUCAUACAUCCUUCCAUUACCUUGACUAAAGAAUGUAGCCGGAAAUGUGAAUCAGAGUUCUGUUCAGUGCCUCCAUUUUUGAGGUAUGGGAAGUAUUGUGGACUACUAUACAGUGGAUGUCCUGGUGAGAGACCUUGUGAUGGUCUUGAUUCUUGUUGCAUGAAACAUGAUGCUUGUGUCCAAUCAAAGAAUAAUGAUUAUUUAAGCCAAGAGUGUAGUCAGAAGUUCAUCAACUGCAUGAACAAUUUCAGCCAGAAGAAGCAACCGACGUUCAAAGGUAACAAAUGCGACGCCGAUGAAGUGAUUGAUGUCAUCUCUAUUGUCAUGGAAGCUGCUCUUAUCGCCGGAAAAGUCCUCAAGAAACCCUAGCUAACUAUUAUAUAUAUUUUUUCUAUUUUUCUAGUUAUAAUUGUUUCCCUUGUUUUUUUUUUCCUUCAGGACAUUUGUCUUAAUUUAUCAAAACUAUUAAUAUUAAGAAAUGCUAUAGCUUUUU